AUGUCUAAAUUUUCACCACCAAUCAACCGUAAUAUGGUUGAAUUAGAUCGUUCAUUUUUCCAUAAAGAAGUACCAUUAUUAGCUGCUUAUUUCCCUAAUCCCAAAUUUUUAGGUCAAUUUGUUAAAUCUUGUCAAAAUGAUAUUCUUUAUGUUCAAACCGUAAAACAUAUUAUUUCCAUGGAUGAUUCUAAAGCCAUAUUAUUACGUGAUGAUGUGAAACUGAUAUCUGAUUUAAACCCGGAAACACAAUUGAAAAUUAAUGAAUUUGGAAUAAUAUUAAAACCUUAUACUUUAAAACUUGAUUAUUCAUUUUGGAAAAGUGAAGAAAUUUUGAAAAGUAUAUUACCAGAAAAUUUAAUAGAUGAUGUACCUAGUGGAUUUAGUCAAGCAGGUCAUUUAGCUCAUAUUAAUUUAAGAGAUGAAUAUAAACCAUUUGGGAAAUUAAUUGGUCAAGUGAUUUUAGAUAAAAAUCCUCUGGUUUUAACCGUUGUUGAUAAAGUCAAUACCAUUGCUAAUAAAUUUAGAACUUUCCCCUUGGAAUUAUUAGCAGGUGAACCAAAUUAUAUUGUUGAACAACUGGAAAGUGGAUGUAAAUUUAAAUUUGAUUUUAGUAAAGUAUAUUGGAAUUCUCGUUUAAGUACUGAACAUGAAAGAAUAAUUGGUAAAUUUAACUCUGGUGAUGUUGUUGGAGAUGUCUUUGGGGGUGUUGGUCCAUUUGCCAUUCCAGCAUCUAAGAAAAAUGUCAUUGUUUUGGCAAAUGAUUUAAAUCCUGAAAGUUAUAAAUAUUUACAAGAAAAUAUCAAAAUAAAUAAAGUUGAACCAUUUAUUAAACCUUUCAAUUUAGAUGGAAGAGAAUUUAUUAGAAAAGCACCUGAAUUAUUACUUCAAUGGCACAAUAGUCAAAAUGGGAUUAUUGAAAAGAAAAUCAUUAAAAAAGUUUCAAUUGAUGAUAAUAAGACAAAAAAAAAUUUUGAAAGAAAACCCAUUAUUGAAACAACCAAGAUUCCUAAAUUUUAUCAUCAUUUUGUUAUGAAUUUACCUGAUUCUGCUUUAACUUUCCUUGAUGAAUUUAUUGGAUUAUAUGGUUCAAAUCCUCAAUUGAAAACUGAUCCUGAAUUCAAAUUACCAAUUAUUCAUGUUCAUUGUUUUGAAAAAUUUGAAAAUAAUGAAAAUCCAACUCCAGAAGAAUUACAUAAUCGAGUUUAUGAAAAGAUUUGUAAAUUAAUACAAUUCCCAUUAAAUAAAGAGAAAAUGGAAUUUCAUGAAGUUAGAAUGGUUUCUCCUACAAAACCCAUGUUUUGUGUAUCGUUUGAACUACCGGAAGAAGUGGCCUUUAAACAAAGUAAAUAG